UUUCAGUUAAUGACGUUCACUGUAGGCCUUGAUAUUUUGGUAGUACUAAGUCAAAUAAAGCUACGAAAACAUUUUUAUAAUAAAUUGGAGACUUCUGAUGACUUUCUUAAAAUCAGGCUAAUUGCGGUUGAUUAUGCUUUCGAGAGCGAGACCGUUCUAUACGACAAUAUUGAAAAUAAGGGAAAAACACCAUCGACGCGUUUGGCCGGAAAUUUCUCCUUCGACACACUUCAUCACGAUCUUCAUGGUGGGAUGUUGGCAAGAUUUCGUUUAACAUCUUGCAAAACUCGUAAUUGCGGUAACGUUCCGGACCUCUACGUCUCUUUCGUUCAAGGUGGAAACAAUAUCCAAGAAGUUCUGUACGAUCCAACAUGGAAUUUUCUCUACGCGAUAAUCAACGCUAUUUACACCCCAGCUGAGAAUGGGAAAGGUGAUAAACAAGUAGUGGAUACCGUCUAUGGAAGAUGUCAAACGUAUUUCAGUAGACCGGAAGACAGGCGAUUCCGACGACAAAUCAGAGAUUGUGAGAUUAAAGGAGAUUUACAAAACACAAAGGUGGAUGCAGAUAUCAUAGUAAUCGACGCCGUUGAGUUGCUGACGUUCCGAACUCCAUUUGACAAUAAAUGGGGAUUCGCACUGGAAAGCAAGAUCCACGUCGAAAUCACAAAUCGUACCAUGGACUACGUCGAGCGCCACUGCAGCUCUGAGAAGCAGACGUGCGCAGCAUGUGCACGUGAAAAAUUUGGAGCCGUGACGGUCGGAGAGAAGCUCUAUGAGAAAGUGCUGCUAGCGAUCGAAACUUACAACAAGCUUCUUCUACUCCAUCUUUACGAAAUGGGUGACACCCACACAUGUGAAAAGCAUUCGGAACUGUUCUCCAACAUUGUUCAAGAGUCAAGAUACGCCAACGAGCAAGAUUGGAAAGCCGUAAUCAUGGAACCGAACAAUGAUCCCGUCCACGUACUAGGCAAUGUGCUCGGUGCCUUGGGCAACUCACUGUCGCUGAAGGUCGCUCGUGAAGUGCUUUUUGUCGAGGAUCCUAACUUCAUCGAUGACUACUUGUUCGGUGCCGCUCACUCCACUAGUUACGACGAGAAGUGGCACAAACAACUUAUGUAUUGGUUGGGUGACAUGAAGAAUAAUGAGGUGCUGUACUGGAAGAUAGCGAACACAGUGGCCACAGUCCUAAGGAGAAGGUGCGAACAAUCCUCCAGCACGCGAAAUUCGUGUCGUCACGGAAAGGUUAAGGUAAUGAAUUUUUGCAUAGCCUUCAUUCUAUCGUUAGAACGAGCUCGUGGAUUCUUGUGCUCAAACCACUCCAGUUCUCUGCAAAUGGCCGCCUUACAACUAAUCAAAGCUGCCAGUUCUUCUCUUUACGACUCAAGACUUUCCAAAGUUCUUAUAAAAAUUUUUCGCAACGUCUGUCCUCAGCCAACCAGCACCGGAGAAUCGCAACUUGCCGUCGACAUCCUUGUAAAGUCCGUACCUGAUCAACAGCAUGUGGGGACCAUCUUACUGCGCUCGGAGACCACGAAUCCAGAUGAUCACGAAAAAUGGCAAUAUUUCUAUAGAGCUGUGAGAAGUAGUAGACAACAAGACGAGCUGAAAGAGGAAUUUUGGCGAAAAUUACGUAAUUUCAAAGUGUUCCGACCAAACUAUGCCCAUCGAGCACUGGUCGCAAAUUCGGGAAGUGAAUGGCGUGAAAUUGCUGAGCAUGCUGGAUACAAAUUGUAUUCAGUGGCAUCCACAGAGUUUCGCGGCGAUGUGUUCAAGCGGUCCGAGUUUGACCUCCGCAUGAAGCACAAAAAGCAGGACGAAAGUAUAUUUGGGGUAUGUGGUAAUGUGAUGGUACGCGAAUUCGCAGUUUCGCUACCUCUUUUAUCCGGCCUCACAGUCCAAGCGAAUUCGGCUGGCGCCGUUUCGUUGAAGAUGCUCACCUCUUCAUCGGUUUCACUGUGGAAUCAAGAUUUGUCAGCUGGCUUCAAAACAAAGUAUGGUUUUUUUUCUAUUUUCACUUUGAAAGCGCAUUCAAAAAGAGAGUCCAUUUUGGAUCCACUUGCUCUUCAGAGAAGCAUAGGGUCGCUGCAGAUUCCUCACGGCAAGGAUACAAGAAAGAAAAUUCUUGGAAAAUAUAAUACUAAAGCUCUUAGAGAUAAAUCGUUAGAUACGCGCAUUUUCUACUAUUCGGUUGCUUUAUAA